GGCCGGGCCCCCGGGGCCGCCGCGGCCGCGGCCAUGUGGGCGCUGCGGGCGCUUUGCCUGGCCGGGCUGGGCGCGGCGCUCGGCGGGGCCUGGGCGGAUCAGUGCAGCUGGAGGGGCAGCGGGCUGUCGCAGGAGGCGGGCAGCGUGGAGCAGCUCUCCCUGCACUGCGCCGAGGGCUCGCUGGAAUGGCUGUACCCCACGGGGGCCCUUCGCCUCCGCCUGGCCCCCCGCCUGCCCCCCGCCGCUGCCGCCGCCGCCGCCGUCCAGGGCAGGAACCCCCAGCACGUCACCGCCUGCGUCAAACCCGCCAGCACUUUCCGGGGGGCUCAGCUCUACCUGGAGAGGGAGGGGGUGCUGGAGCUGCUGCUGCCAGAGGCCCCCCGGCCCCGUGUCCGCUGCUUCAGCUGGCUGCCCCGGGAGAAGGUGGCUCUCUUCCUUCAGGCCACCCCGCACCGCGACAUCAGCCGCCGCAUCGCCGCCUUCCGUUACGAGCUGCGGGGGGACUGGCUGGCCCGCCCGGCUCUGCCCGCCGCCAGCCUCACCGGAGAAGGGGCGUGCCGGCCGUGCAACGACACCGAGAUCCUGAUGGCCAUUUGCACUAGUGACUUUGUGAUCCGCGGCAGCAUCCGGAGCGUCUCCAACGACGUGGAGCUGCAGGAAUCCGUGAUCGGGGUGAGCGCCGCCCGCAUCCACCGCCAAAAGUUCCCCCUCUUCCAGGCAGGGGGGUGGCCGGGGAGGCCGGCCGGCAGCAUCCGCACCCCGCUGCGCUGCGGCGUCAAGCCGGGCCCCGGCACCUUCCUCUUCACGGGGUGGCUGCAUUUCGGCGAAGCCUGGCUGAGCUGCGCGCCCCGCUAUAGGGACUUCCAGCGCAUCUACGAGGGGGCACGGCGCACCCGCCAGAACCCCUGCGAGUUCCCCGUGGACUGAGUGGCUCGGGGAGGGCAGCCCGGCCCCGCGGGUGCUGUUGGGGGGGGCUGGGGUCCCGGGGGUGCAGCGAUGGUGCCCGGCGGGAGCGCGGCGCUUCGGUCCUCGCUGUGUAGCUGGGCUCCAGCAGCCCCUGCCACCUGGCUGGGGGUGGGGGGGGGUGUCCCGCGAAAAUCCUGCCAGGAGGGAAAGGGAUUUUCUCAGGGCACGCUUGCCUGUGAUCCUCGGGGACCUGCCCAGGGGUGCA